AUGGCAAGCAAUAAAAGAAAAAUACAAAUUUUGGAAAAUAGAGUAAUUCGCCCUGCAGUUAUUGACAGUGAUAGUGACAGCAGUGAAGAAAUAUUUUCCACUAAGAAAACUAAAAAGGAUUUGGAAACAAAUGUGCACGGAAAACAAAGCACAAGCGCGGACGUUUUCAGUAGCCCCAGUGGAAGAAAAUUUCAUAUUCUUAAACCAGUCUCGUUUUCACAUGUAACUAAAACAGAAUGUAAAAAUAAACCUACACCACAGACAUCAAAAGGAUUGUCUUCGCCUAGCUCAUCGUCAUUGGAACGAUUUAGUAUGUAUAGCUCAAGAGGAUGCAGUCCUUCGCUAAACAAUAUAUCAGCUUCUAAGCUUAUGUACGGCAUCAAAAUAGAUGAAAGCGAAUAUCAUGACAUGAUAAAUCUAAGAAACGAUAAUAAAAAGAUAAAAAAGAAAAAUGAAAUAGAAAGGAAAGAUCCAAAGACAAAACUUACAUUCACUUAUUCUUUUGAAGACAGUAUGUCGCAAGGGUUAACCGAAAGUAAUGAAAAUUGUGUUUUUUAUGACGAAGAACGUAAUAAACAGUUUGAAGAAAAUGAAAGACAGAAAGAAACACUUAAUGACGAAGCAGAGAGAGAGAAAGAAACAGAAAAUGUUGAUGUAGAAGAUGUAGAAGAGAGAGAGGAAGAAACAGGAAAUGCUGAAGAGGAAGAUGAAGAUGCAGAGAGAGAGGAAGAAACGGAAAAUACUGAGGAGGAAAAUGAAGAGCAGGAAAGUGGUGACACAGGCGAUGAUGAGAGUGAUGAAUAUUCUGCAAGUGAAGUUGUAUCGGAUAUAGAUAAUGAUGUUUCAGAGGAAGAGGAAGAUGCACAGGAUAAUAGUGUCUAUGAAUGGGAUGCUGUCACAGAUUUGACACCUGAGUUGGAUGCGUGUACUUUAAAUGAAAGCACUUUUAAUAUUCCUAUAGAAGAUAUAUCUCCUGCAGGUAUUUUUUCCUUAUUUGUAACUGAUGAAAUAAUAGAUAAAAUGGUUACAGAAACUAAUAAAUAUGCGUUAAAACACAUCGCAGAAAAGCAAAAUAAUAACGAAAUAAAAACAAAAUCUCGGUUAUUAUCAUGGAAAGCUACGAAUAAUAUAGAAAUGCGGAAGUUUCUAGGGGUACUACUCGCAAUGGGUCUGAACAAAGUGUCUCAUAUAAAUGACUAUUGGUCAAAAAAAUCAAUAUAUCGAAACGAAUAUAUUGUAUCAGUAAUGACUCGGGAUAGAUUUCUGCUAUUACUGAAAUUCUGGCAUUUUUGUGAUGAUUCGUCAGCCAUCCACAAUACAAAUAAGUUGAAGAAAAUUCAUGAUUUGGCUAAUAUGCUCAACAGCAGAUUCCAAGAAGUAUUAACGCCAGAGGACAAAGAUGUGCUUGUCAACACUGGCAAAAAAAAUAGGAAGACGAAUGAAGAUAUAAAAAAGCCUACAUGUGUCUUAACGUAUAAUAACAACAAAAAAGGAGUUGACUUCAGCGACCAAAUGUCUUCAUACUAUUCUACAUUAAAAAGAGGGCUCAAAUGGUUCAGAAAAGUGGGUAUGGAAUAUUUGUUAGGCAUGGCGUUAGUAAACGCGUGGAUCACAUACAACGUGAAAUGUGAUAAGAAGGUUUCAAAAAAAGAAUUUACAGAGGCAUUAAUGCAAUCAUUAACUGGAAAAAGUAUAUGCGCUGAUAAAAAUCAAGUAAAACCUAAGGACAAUGACCAUGUUCUUGAAAUGAGCGCUAAACGAAGAAAUUGUGCAGGGUGCUACGACAGACUGCGGAAAAUCUUUAAUAGUACCGAAGCAAAAAAAAAAAGUAAAGAAAAUAAAGAAAUAUUGCAGGAAAUGCAACCAAAACCUUUGCGUAACAUGUUUCCAAGAUAG